AUGAUCCCCCCAGUGGAAGUCUCUCCCCUGAUCAAGUUCACCAGGAACUCAGCAUUGCUACUUGGAAUGAUCUAUGGAAAGAAAAGAUAUGACUACUUGAAGCCUAUUGCUGUGGAGGAAAGAAGAAUAGAAGAGGAAGAGAUGAAGAAGCAUGAAGAAAUGGAAUGCAUUGCAAAAGCACUGGCAGAAGCUAGCAAUGAUACAAUACAAAAAUAA